AUGCCUUCCUCAACACUCACACAGAACAUCAAGAUCCAGUCCAAUGGCGACAACCGUCUCCGUCGAGAAGUCUCUCGGAGCCUGUCCAUAUCCACGUCCCCUCAUGAGACAUUCCACCAGCGAACGAUCUCUGGUACCGAGGGCACUUCACCCACUUUGACAAGAGCGAAGACGGGGGCCGCCCCCAAGCAUCUGAAACCGUUCAGAGAACAAGACAUCAAGAUCCUACUACUGGAAAAUGUCAACCAGACGGGACGAGACAUCCUGCAAGGUCAAGGGUAUCAAGUCGAGUUCAUGAAGGCCUCGUUACCCGAGGACCAACUCAUUGAGAAGAUCAAGGACGUCCACGUCAUCGGCAUUCGCAGCAAGACGAAACUCACGGCCCGCGUCCUCUCGGCAGCAAAGAACCUCAUAGUGAUAGGAUGUUUCUGCAUCGGCACGAACCAGGUGGACCUCAAGUACGCGGCCGAGCACGGCAUUUGUGUCUUCAACUCCCCCUUCUCGAAUUCUCGCAGUGUGGCGGAACUAGUCAUCGGCGAGAUCAUCGUGCUAGCCCGCCAACUGGGCGACCGUAGCAACGAGAUGCACCAGGGCACAUGGAACAAAGUGAGCACCAAGUGCUGGGAAAUCCGAGGCAAGACGUUGGGUAUCAUCGGGUACGGACACAUCGGGUCGCAAUUGUCGGUGCUCGCCGAGUCCAUGGGCAUGGACGUGAUAUACUACGACGUGGUCAACCUCAUGGGCAUGGGCAAUGCAAGACAAGUGUCGAGUCUAGAACAGUUUUUGAGCACAGCCGACUUCGUGACGUGCCAUGUCCCUGAGCUGCCGGAGACGAUGGACCUGAUCAGCACGAAAGAGUUCGAGGCCAUGAAGCAAGGAAGUUAUCUGAUCAAUGCUUCGAGAGGGUCAGUGAUUGACAUCCCCGCACUCAUCGACGCCAUGCGCAGCGGCAAGGUCGCAGGGGCCGCGCUAGAUGUUUACCCUGCCGAACCGGCGGGUAACGGCGACUACUUCAACAACGAACUCAAUUCGUGGGCUAAGGAUUUGAGGAGCUUGAAGAAUCUGGUGCUGACGCCGCAUAUCGGCGGGUCGACCGAAGAGGCCCAGUCGGCGAUUGGCGCCGAGGUCGCUGAGAGCCUGGUCCGGUACGUCAACGAGGGUGUCACCGUCGGCGCCGUCAACAUGCCUGAGGUCACGCUAAGAAGCUUGACCAUGGAUGAGCCGAACCACGCGCGUGUCAUUUUCAUUCAUCAGAACGUUCCGGGUGUGCUGCGUCGCGUUAACGCCGUGCUCGGUGAUCAUAACGUCGACAAGCAGAUGACUGAUUCGCGUGGUGAUGUUGCGUAUUUGAUGGCCGAUAUCAGCAACGUCAGCGAAUCUGAGAUUGCGGAGUUAUAUCGCGAGUUGGAGAGCUUGAAAGAGAAGAUCGUCACGAGAGUCUUGUACUAG